CCCUCCAGUGUCAGUAAGAACUUCACCAUGCUCAAAGGGAUGUUUUGCUACACCCUCCAGUGUCAGUAAGAACUUCACCAUGCUCAAAGGGAUGUUUUGCUACACCCUCCAGUGUCAGUAAGAACUUCACCAUGCUCAAAGGGAUGUUUUGAUACACCCUCCAGUGUCAGUAAGAACUUCACCAUGCUCAAAGGGAUGUUUUGAUACACCCUCCAGUGUCAGUAAGAACUUCACCAUGCUCAAAGGGAUGUUUUGCUACACCCUCCAGUGUCAGUAAGAACUUCACCAUGCUCAAAGGGAUGUUUUGCUACACCCUCCAGUGUCAGUAAGAACUUCACCAUGCUCAAAGGGAUGUUUUGAUACACCCUCCAGUGUCAGUAAGAACUUCACCAUGCUCAAAGGGAUGUUUUGAUACACCCUCCAGUGUCAGUAAGAACUUCACCAUGCUCAAAGGGAUGUUUUGCUACACCCUCCAGUGUCAGUAAGAACUUCACCAUGCUCAAAGGGAUGUUCAAUGUUUUAUUUAAUUUAUUUUCUACCAAUAACUUCCCUACUUUGCGAGGCAUUGGAAAACCUCCCUGGUCUUUGCGUUGAAUUUGUGUUUGGAAUUCACUGCUCAACUGAGGGACCUUACAGAUAAUUGUAUGUGUGGUUGUCAUUCAAAAAUAAUGUUAAACACUAUUAUUGCAUACAUAGUGAGUCCAUGCAACUUAUGUGACUUGUUAAAAAAAUCUUAUUCCUGAACUUAUUUAGGCUUGCUAUAACAAUUGAGUUGAAUACAUAUUUACUCAAGGCAUUUCAGCUUUUCGUUUUCUUGACAUUAUGGGGUAUUGUGUGUAGGCCAGUGUCAAAACAUUCUCAAAAUAAUCUAUUUUAAAUUCAGGAUGUGAUACAAUAAAAUGUCUAACAAGUAAAGAGGUGUCAAUACUUUUUGAAGGCGUUGUGGAAACCAUCAGAUAAGACCACAAAAUAAUUUAUGUUUGUAGACUCCAACUGUUCACUGUUGUAUAAUGGGAGUCAUUUGAGUUCAGUCAGACAGAGCAGCUCCUACCCUAUAACAAAGAGCGAGAGAGAGGGAGAGAUAUUCUUAUUCCCUGAGGAGCUGACAGAAAGAGAGCCCCAUGACUAGUGCCUCCACAACCAGUGUUCUUAUUGUGUCCCAUCUCCUCCCCUAACCCCCCAUCUCCUCCCACCACCCCCCAUCUCCCCCUCUAUAACCUCCCAUCUCCCCCCUCUAACCUCCCAUCUCCUCCCCUAACCCCCAUCUCCUCCCCAACCCCCCCAUCUCCUCACGCCCACCUCCCCCCCACACCCUAUCUCCUCCCCCCACACUCCUCUCUUAUGGGGUAUAUAUAUAUAUAUAUACAGCGCUCUGCUCUCUGAAGCAUCGUUCCUAGGAAGAGUGAGUUUUCUGUGCUCAGGGUGGAGUUUAACAGUGGAGAAUAGAGGAGCACUUUAGGACAUUGCUUCUUCUAUGUAGUCUAUACAGGGGAUGGAAGAUGCUUCUAACACUUGUCAGUUAGUACUUAAGUUACUCAGUAUUCUAGUUUUAAGUUACUCAGUUAGUACUUUAAUUUGGUCCCAGGUCCUACAGAUCCUGAGUUUUUUUGUGGGUAGUGCAGUAGCAUUAUGGGGGCACGGUUGUGCACUGUUAGUUGGACGCCAGAUGGAGGGUGUCUAGAAUGUGUUCAGCUGUCGUCUGAGAUAAAUACGUGUCGUGGGGAGCUGUCAUCCAUGGAGCAGGAGCUGCAGAGGUUGCGGAGAGACACCAGUAUGAAUUCCUCCCAGCUCAGCUACGUGGAGGCGACCCUGCAGAAGACCCAGGGCCUACUGGAGGAGAAGAACGACACGGUUGUGGACUUGGAGGAGAAGCUCCACUGCUGUGAGGAGGACAGGCGGACCUCUGUGCAGCAUGUGAAGGAUCUGGAGGGACAGCUACAGGAGGUGCGCGAUGAGAUGCACGACACCCUAGAGAAACUACAGGAGCUGAGAGACCUGUUACAGGCCACGCAGCUUGGCGCAGAUGAAAGACCGAUUUCAUUGGAGAAACUGUCCGCCGAGCUCAGGACUCUGCAGCAGAGCCAGCACCUGUGUCUCUGGAGAGAACAACACAAGAACUCCAGAGUACGGUUGGGGAGCUGCAGGAUACACUCGCUGGGAGAGCCUGUGCAGAGCGAUGGAAAGCAUCACCCAACAUGCCAGGGGCAAGGCGAUACCUUCAUUUUGUUGCUGUUUAUAAAAGGACAUACCCAAAUGAAACCAUGCAUUCUUUCUGUGUUGUAUCCAUAACACAACAAAGUGUGGUAUUUCUGUCAAUUUUACUAUGGCUAGAAGAUGACCUGUGUGUUCUCUUCUAUAGGAGGCACAUGUGUGUGGUCCAGGCAGAGGUCAGACUGCAAGCCACUGUCUCCUCUCUGCAGCUGGAGGAGAGAGAACGGCAGGUACAA